GCUUUCCCUUUCUUUUUCUUCUUCGUCGCUCGCGAGCGGAGGCGAAGGUGCGAGCGAAACCCCCCAAACCCCACCACCAUCUCCUCCUCCUCCGCCGCCGCCGCCGCCACCUCUCGAUCGGCGAUGACGCUGGGGAGCUCCGGCGCCGGAUCGAGCGUCGUCGUCCCUCGGAACUUCAGACUUCUAGAAGAACUUGAGCGUGGAGAAAAGGGCAUUGGUGAUGGCACUGUGAGCUAUGGAAUGGAUGAUGCUGAUGACAUUUACAUGCGUUCAUGGACUGGUACCAUCAUUGGCCCACACAAUACUGUUCAUGAAGGUCGCAUCUACCAGCUGAAGUUGUUCUGUGACAAGGAUUAUCCAGAGAAGCCACCAUCUGUCAGAUUCCAUUCAAGAAUCAACAUGACAUGUGUUAAUCACGAGACAGGAGUGGUUGACCCAAAGAAGUUUGGCUUGCUAGCAAACUGGCAGCGGGACUACACAAUGGAAAACAUCCUAGUCCAGCUCAAGAAAGAGAUGGCAGCCGCGCAAAAUCGCAAGCUUGUGCAGCCUCCAGAAGGGACAUUCUUCUAGAAAUGCUCGCUGCCGCAUCUCAGUAUCCAACAGCAGUGAACUGAUAUGUUCUUCGACAUCUGGUGCCACCUGCGCAUGUCUUUUCCAGUUUUUAUGUUAUAUAUACCCCUGAUAUGUGUUGUCAACUUGUGAGGUGCGUUCCUUGUAAUUUGCCUGGUCACCUGUUGACAAUGUUGAGCGAAGCUGAAACAGUUUAGUUCGGCAGAUUGCAGCGACGUACUUGAAACUGUUUGUGCUAUGGAUGACGAAUGCAGCUUCAUUACCUAAAUGAUAUUGCUUCAGUGUGUGCUUAAAGUUCGUUGCUCUUUGGACUGUGCAA